ACAAGUGAAAAAAAAUGAAAUAAAUAAAUAUUAAGUUUGAAUGAAUAAUUCAUCAAUAUAUAUAUUUUUUGAUAAUCAUUGAAAUUAUAUAUAGAUUAUUGUGUCGAUUAUUAAAAAUUGUUUUAUUUUGAAAACAUGAAUUUAUUAACAAUAAAAAUAAAGUUUAUAAAUGUAGUAAUUAUAUUAAACAUUGUAUAUAUUAUACGGUGUGAUGACGACGAUGUGUUCAAAUGGGACGCAGAUAUGUAUCCGAGACUUACGGAAAGUGUAGCUCAGGCCAAGUUCUGUACCGGCAAUAAUCGCAAUCCACCCACAAAUAUAUGCGAUCCGGACGGCAUACUUGACAAAAAGGAAGCAUGGCUUUUGGACAAUUUGAUUGAUGAACCGCGUAAUCAAACACAAUGUCUAUGUGAUAGCUGUCCUCCACAUAAAAGAGGUCUUAAUAUUAAAGUAGCAUUAGUUAAGACAAUCAAAGUUUAUGGAAAUGUGAGUCUCGAAAAGACGGUCGAAAUGUUUGCCGAAAAGACUCGUAGGAAAUGGAGAGUUGAAGAACAAUGCAGUAAUGAUGUCCUCAUAUUUUAUUCAGUUUUUGAUGAUCAGAUAUUUGUGGCAAUGGGUGCCAAUGCUCACAAAGUGUUAACCGAUAAUAAAUUAGAAGAAGUAUUGAUUGAUACGAAAAAUCAUUUUACGAGUGGCUAUUAUCAACAGGGCUUAGAAUCAAUGAUAGCAUCGUUUCAAGAUUUUAGCGAUCAAUAUGAGCCUAAAUCAUACGGAAAGUUAGGCAUUGGAUCUAUUGUUUUGAUAGUGAUUUGUGUGACAAUCGCUUCAAUUGUCCUUUUAUUUGCUGUCUUCUGGUUCUGUGUUCGCAAAGAUCGCAAAACAUCGGAAAGCAAUAGAUUUGAGUUUAUCGGUAGUUGUGGUCGAUCUAAGAAUAAACAUAAAAAUAAAUCAAAUAAAAAAACUAAUAUUAUUAGUGAUCCCAUCUAUAAACCCGUUAGUACUAAUGACAACCACAAUGUGGAUAACCCUAUGAAAGCAUAA